GCACAUCAGAUAUUGACUUCUCUCGAGGUAAAAGAAUCUCUUGCUGCUAACCUAUGUAUACACCAGACCACCAUGCAAAUCAACCUCCUGCUGGCAGCUGGAAAUGAGGCAGUGUACUUGAUGUCAGCAGCAGAUCAGCAGCCCAAUGUGGCCCAAUGUGGGGACAGAUGUUUUCUGAAUACUCAUCUCUCAGUCACCACUCUCUUCUGAUGUUCACAAGUCCAAAAUUUCUUCAAGUCUCUCUGGAGUCGUGCAUCACUCUAUCAAGUACCUGGCAGAAACGCUAGCUGUACUCUCAACAUGACUGUGUCUCGACUGAUCUAAAUCAUUAAUCCAUUUCCGGCGUGCCCAAUGACUACCAAUCAUGCUCUACAGAGAUAUCCUCAUUCUACACGUGAGCCAAGAAUAUAAACAUGGUCAGAAUUGCCGCCUCAAGGUGCUUGCAACACCGGUGUUAGUGCCCAGUUGUGCUGAUGGAUAGAACGCCAUUUCUCCCCCUUGCUCUACUUUUCUCACUACCUCAAUCCUGGCUUGACAAGCCAGUGCUUCUGCCACUCACUGCUCUGGCACUCCACAGUCCAAUACUCCUCUCAAGCCUGACGGAGCGGCAGUUCUGCAAAUUGAUUUAGCGCAACUUGCGCUCAUACACAAGACACCAAAUGUCUCCCCUUGCUUUGCCUUUCCCACUGCCUCACGUGAGUGCUCUGCAGAUCAUUGCUGUGACACUUCAAACAUUCUCACAUCAUUCACAUCAAGCCUGCCUGGGUGCAAGCUCAGCAAAACGCUUC